CAGACCACUUAGGCGAAAAGAUCCACCAUCUGGCUAUCUCGAGGAGUUUGACGUUUCCAGCCUCAAAAUUAUUACAGCGAACUACAAUAGUAAACAUCAUGCUAACUAUGGCGCUCGUUGGCUGUUUGCCGGAUAAUGUACAGCAGGCCAUCAAGAGCUUUUCCAUUCGUCCUGGCAAACAACAUAUAACAUUUGCCUUUCCCUUCAUGGAAGAAACGCUCCGAUCUUUUUGUGAAACAGACAGCAGGAGCGAAAGUUCCAUGGACUCUGGAGCGAAAUCUGGUACCACAGCAUCAGGAUCUUCAGUUCUUUUCUUCGAUGAAUGUUUAGAAGUGGUACAUGGCUUUCAGACUUAUGUGACCAUACUUCCUCAAUUGAAUAAACCCUGUGCCAGGAGCAGUCUACCUGUGGUCAUGUUGACUCUUUAUCAGCGUGAUACAACUGAAGGUGUAUGCAGACACUUCCAAAGUCUUAUUCGGACUCUUAUAGAACAUAAAGUUACUCCUGAUUUCUGGAAGCUACCCGUCAUGGUGGCAGAAUUGAACAGCAAAUAUAAGGAACUAGUUUUAGAUAUUUGUGCAGAAACCAUCAAUGAAAUCCAAACGGAAAAUCUCAGUCAUUCAUUUCCAGGAAAGACACCAGAACAGAUGAUUCAAUUACUAAAGGAAAAAAUCCUCCGACCUUGUCUUCUGUCCUACCCCGAAUUUCUGAGAAGAAAUACCCAGGAAGUAAUCCGUAACCUAACUACCACCGACCCCAGUUACUUCCUCUCCCUCAUCGAAUUAUUACAAUCGACGGCCUGCUCCAUCUUGGAUUACAAGAAAAUAGAUAUGAUGUUCAAGAGUCCGGGUAUUGAUCCUGUGAUUCGGGACAUGUGGCGAGUUUGGGGGCACGAGCAAAUAUCCAGGAAGGUAUUUCCAGUGACAAUGGCUGCGGCCACGCCUCUUGCUAAUUUGGGGCCACUCUAUAGUCAUUUAGACACUGGUUCGGAGGCUGUGGUCAGUGUUGGAACUCUGUCACACGUGCCAGUGAAAGAAGGUCUGCAAAGUGUCAUAAAGUGUCUCAAGUCUCAAGAUAUAUCUCAAAUCAAGCUCAAAGGAUCCGAUCACGACUCCAGGUAUCACUCCUGCAACUGUAGUGUAUGUAAAAUUCAGCCUCAAAGCCGGAGAAGUUCCAGAUUAAGAAUGUACGGCGAUUUUACCAAACAGUCUGUAGCUACAAAUUCUGAAUGUUCAGCUUUUCAUCUUCCACUCCAAAAGAGACAGUCAGACGAUUUCUGCAGUAGAUCAUCUGUAUCCUCCUUCCGUCUACAGUCGAGUGUGUCUUCCUUCUCUUACCACCGUCAUCAACACCACAGCUCUUUUAUAUCAUCUUCUGCUGAAGGAUCCACGAGAUCCCAACAUUCAGACUAUCUUCAGUCGUAUGACCUCACCAAUACAGAUGGAUCAGCGCUCCAGAAUCGUUCUGGCUAUGGCUCUGGGUCAUCUUCAGGUCAUGUUGUCCAACCGGUGCCACAUUAUUUGCCUAUAAAUUUAAAAGCUUUCUCACAGAGAAUGUUGUACGGGUAUCCAAUGCUGAACAAACCACAGUAUCCUUUAUCCAUACCUUCUAGAUCAAGUCACUGAAAGUAAAAUCAUUGAGAAGACAUUAGAGUGGAAAUUUUUCUCAAUUUUUACUGAUCGCGCAACUAAAUCGGCCAGGAUUUUGAAUGCCAAUGACUAGAGUUUUGUUUUCAGUGAAUUCAUGAAACUAUGAAGAGCAUAUUUCAAAAAAAAACUAGAAUGGAAAUCUUUCUUUCUUUCUUUUUGCAAAUCGUGGCACUAAAUUCACUGGGAUUUCGAAUGCCAAAACAUUCAUGUUUGUCUUCAGGGAAAUGGUGGAAAUUCUUUUAUCUCAUAAAAAAAAAAGAAAGUGAAGAAACAACGUUUGAGUGAAACAUUCAUAAUUAUCUUAAAUUCAUGUUUCAUCGCAUGUUUUAGAAGAAUUAAGCUGGGAAAAAAACUGAGUUUCUAAAAGUUAAAAAAAAGGCAAAAGUAAAAAAGAAAGUUACUUAGUACUGAACUCAGAAAACCUGAGGUUGGUAAUAUACAUAAUACUCUGAAAUGACUGUAUUUACUUCGGGAAUUUGAUUGAAUUCUUUACUUUGUAAAUUUCUAUAACUUUGUUCCUUCAACAAACAUCAAUCAAAAU